AUGGACGCGAAGCGCCAAGCGCCGUGGUCCGACGUGCGUGUGAUCAAUGUCGACUCCGAAAGAUCCGGUGCGAUAAGCGAACGCCUUGUUCGAAUUGUCGCAGCUCAAGCAUUACAUGUCGAUCAACAGGCGAAGGCCAGAAGCCAGCAGAGCCCAGACGAAGAUGAGAAAAAGAUCGACUUGAUCGAAGAACGCCUGGGGAACAUCGAGAGGUCUCUCCAAGAGUUAGUGAGAAACACAUCUCAAGCACAGAAUCUUGCUGCGCCACAACAACGGGAGUCAUGUUAUACUCCAUCGCCGCAGAAUUCAACCCCGCGGAACUCUGGAAAGGCCAAAAUCCCCCUGUAUAAAACCAACCCUACCAUCGAACAACAUGAUACCAGCUCUGGGUUUGAGGGUAGCUCGUCUCUUACCGCACAUGGGGCAUAUGCGAGCGCGUUCCUUGAAACAGCUGUUUCGAAAAGCUCGCCGCAGGUUCUGUCCAGUCCCAAGAUUAACGCUGCUUUGUCGUCGUUGAAGAAGAUUGUCCGCAUUCAAAACCAGCGCAGAGAGGUAGACCUGCAGGGAGAUCAAGGUCCUGCCAAAAAGGCGAGGCUAGGCGUGAGGUGUGACAUUCGUGAAUUGGAAAUGCCGCCUUUGCAAUUGGUGCUAGGAAUGUUACGGCAGAUCAAAGAGAAUCCACCUGCCUGCUUUGGUGGCUAUGUCCCUUUUCUCCGGGUGGAUUAUUUUACCGAAAAAUGCCGCGAAGUAUACUUCUGCACAGAUGAAUUUUCAGACGCGGCAUUUGUUAUAUCAAACUUUGGGAUAUAUAGUAUCUUCUACGAGUUCGGGUGCACAGAUGCGGACCCAAAUGCGCGAGAGGAGUACCUGAGCUACAUCGAGAUGUGUCGCAACAAUUUGGAGACAGCACUUGCCAAUUUGAACAUCCUGAUGCCGGCAACGCAGGAGUCUAUCAAGGCAUUGGCCGUAGGGGCUAUGCACGCACUGGAAAUUGCCAAACCAUCCGUCGGCUGGACUUUAGCAUCAACAGCCAUGAAUCUAUGCCAAACGCUGGGAUACCACCGCCUCUCGUCAAUGGAGCAUGAUUCACCCUCAAUCCAAAGAGAAAAGCAGAACCUCUUUUGGUCCGUCUAUACCAUACUAAACAUGAUGACUUUGCGCCUGGGACGCGCCUGUUCUAUUCAAAACUAUGACAUCAGCCUCCCAGCACCAUCACUCAACCCCGAUAUCCCCAGCCCGUGGGGUGGUGUCUGUGUAUGGUGGACUAGAUCGGCUAUAAUCCAAAGCAAUGUCUAUCGGCUGCUGUAUAGCCCAGAGGCACUACAACAACCAGAAUCCGACCGAGUCGCGCAUGCAUACCGACUCGCUGCUGAGAUGCAGGAGACUGUCAUGGAGCCUUUUGAGAGAUUCAUGUCUUCCGGCCUCAAAAUCGCCGAUAUUGAUAUAAUAUAUCUGCAAACCGACAAGAUUAGCCGCCUGUCUAUCCUGACCUUGAUAUACCGGGCAAUUCCUGCAUCAGAAGGCUCGGGACCCGCUACUACAUUUAUACCAGAAUGUAUCAAGACAGCCCGGGAAGCACUAGAAGUCCACCGACAAUGUGUUGCUGCCCUUAGCGAGACAUUCGAGUUCAUGAAAAUCUCCUACAUGCACUGGGCCGUUCUCAUGUCACCCUUCGUCCCAUUCAUAGUAAUAUUCUGCAACGUUAUAACAACCUCCAACCAGGCCGACCUCACCCAACUAGAAGAAUUCAUCGCCUCCCUCCGACCCCUCUGCUCAUACUCCCAAUCAAUCGACAGACUACACACCCUCUGUUCGGUCCUCGGAACCGUCGCCCGUCUCUACUUUGAAGCUAACACACGCCAAAUAAACGAAGACUCGAGCCUUGCGGAGGUAGGGCAGGAAUUUGAUGUUUACCUGAGUGCCUUGGGUCUCGCGCCUGCUAAUGCUAUGAGUGGCACUGGAGUGGGGACUGGGAAUGUUCAAGCAGGGAUUCCAAACACGCAGGGAUAUCUACAGGCGGAUAUUCCUUCUGUUCAUGUCAGUUCUGCUGAGGUACCGCAACAGUCGCAGCAAGGGCCUCCGUCUGGGUUCCCUUGUCAGAAUCAGAUACAGGGCCAAACACAGGGCCAGGGCAACGAGUCUGCUUCGGCAGAGAUGGCGCAGGCCGCUCAGUUGGGGAAUUGGUUCUGGGGAAAUCAGUAUAUGAUGGGGCUUUUGGAAGAGGAUUUGUCACAAUUUACUCCUAGUUGGUCAUGA